AAACGCGGUCCGCUGUGAAAGUGAGCACCGGGGAACAGACUUUCUGUGCAGGAUGCCUGAUCCCAUGUCCAGACCUUUAAUCCCAAGAGGAGCUGAAGAUGGAGGCGGUCACCUGGAAGUCGUGUCUGACCCCAACAAUCCGGUGGUCGGCGUCCUGGGUACGGGAGACGUCUCCCGCUCUCUGGCCACGAGGCUGCUGGCCGCCGGCUACCAGGUGGUGGUGGGGAGUCGGACCCCCAACCGCUUUGUGAAACUGUUCCCCGAGGAGGCCAAGGUGACCACCCAGAUGGAGGCGGCGAGCCAGGCGGACCUGGUCUUUGUCGCCGUCUAUCCUGAACACCACUCUACGCUGGUGUCCUUGAAGCCGGCGCUGGCCGGAAAGACUCUGGUGGACGUCAGCAACGGUUUACGCAUCAGCCGCGAUGGCCCCUCCAACGCCGAGCUGCUCGCGGACAUUUUCCCGGAGAGUUUCAUAGUCAAAGGGUUCAACACCAUCUCAGCCUGGACGCUCCAGACCGGACCCCGAGAUGGAAACAGGCAGGUUUUUCUGUGCAGCGACAGUCAAAAGGCCAAGAACUCGGUGAAGCAAAUCUGUCACCGAAUGGGUUUUAUCCCCAUUGACAUGGGCCUCCUUUCGUCUUCUCUGGAGAUUGAGAACCAGCCUCUCUAUUUGUUUCCCUCCUGGCACAUCCCCUUCAUCUGUACCCUGUCUCUGUUUGUCUUUUUCUACUUCUACAACUUCACCCGGGACGUCUUGCAUCCCUACAUCUCAACAGGGAAGAACGCUUUCUACAAAAUGCCCGUUGACACCGUGAACCUCAGCCUCCCCUCGGUGGCCCUGGUGAUGCUGGCGCUGGUUUACCUGCCCGGUUUGAACGCCGCCUACCUCCAGCUGUGGCGGGGCACCAAGUACCGUCGUUUCCCCAACUGGCUGGACCGCUGGCUGACCCUGAGGAAGCAGUUUGGGCUCUGCAGCUUCCUGUGUGCCGUCCUGCACGCCAUUUACAGCCUGAGUCUUCCGAUGAGGAAGUCUGCGCGCUUCAAACUGAUCAACGAGGCUUAUCGACAGGUGAAAGAUGGCGUGGCCGACUCGUGGGUGGAUGCUGACGUGUGGAGGAUGGAGCUGUACCUGUCCGUGGGCAUCAUGGCCCUCGGCCUGCUCUCCCUGCUGGCCGUCACCUCGCUGCCGUCAGUGGCCGGCACCGUCAACUGGAGGGAGUUCAGCUUCGUGCAGUCGUCGCUCGGUCACGGCGCUCUGACCAUGGCCACCGUCCACACGCUCGUCUACGGCUGGGACCGCGCCUUCGAUCGGUCGCAGUACCGCUUCUGCCUGCCCCCCACCUUCGUCCUGGUCCUGAUCCUCCCCUGCGUGGUCCUGCUGGGCCGCCUGGCCCUCUUCGUGCCCUGCGUGGCCGGGCGCCUCCGAAAGAUCCGCCGCGGCUGGGAGAGGAGCCGCCACGUCGGCUUCGCCCUGCCGCCCGAACGCGGCUUCAGCGGGGCGGAGGACGUCAGCAACGUGUGAGGAGCGCUGCUUCUCCGGACACGAGGUGAAUCUCAACACUGAAGAUAAAAUAUUUAUACUCUGGAGUCUGCCGGGGACUUGUCUCUUUGGCCUGUCGAGGUUUCGUUUCUCGACAAAUGAGCCGGCAGAUCCUGAGAGACCAGUCGAGAAAGCACAACACGGAGUCAGAAAUUACCAUUUUAUUUAAUUUAUCGCAGCUUUGCUCCCAAACUGAAGAAUAUUCAUGUCCAACACAAGAUGUCUGCAUUCAGCGAACCUAAAUCAGAUUAUUGAAUUCAGUCAAGCAAAAAAAAACCAAAAAACUGCCAAGUGUGAAAAGGAGAUUGUUUGUGCCGCGUGCCUUUGUGUUAGCAAAAUACCUCAAAAGCCUCCAGGACAAAAUUAUAAAACCAAAAGUAUUCGUUGGACCGUUAACACCCCCAGCUUUAGGAGUGAACA